UGACUGGGUUAUUCAAGAUCUACAAUCGUGCAACAUAUACGAUUUACCUCUACAGAUACAGAAAGACUCUUUAGCCUUUAAACUUCUGAGGAUGCAUGGAUAUGACGUAUCUCCCCGAAAGUUUUGUUGGUUUAUGGACGAUGAAGAGAUGCUGAUACAUAUCGAAGAAAAUUACACUCAAUUCUUGGUGGCCAUGACUGGUGUUUAUAGGGCAGCACACUUUAUGUUUCCUAGGGAAGUUGAGCUUCAUAAUGCCAAACUUUUCUCUGAAAAGAUACUUCAGAAAAGUUUGUCUGGAUCAGAUACCAGGAAUAAUCCUGCAAUUAUGACUGACCUCCAAAAACAGAUUGAGCAUGAGUUGGGACUUCCAUGGCUAUCUCGAAUGGACCACCUCGAGCAUCGAAUGUACCUGGAAAGAAGUAAAGGAUAUAACUUACAGAUGGGGAAGACUUCUUCAUGCAGCCUCCUGGAUUCCAAAUUUGCCAUUCAACUUGCUGCCGAACUUUUCACGAACCGUCAAAUGCUCUACGAAUCUGAACUCGAGGAGUUAAAGAAGUGGUCAAAAGACAGUGGACUUUCCAGCAUGGGCUUCGGUCGGGAGAAAACAACGUCCUGUUACUUUUUAACUGCUACUGCAGUUACUCUUCCUUUGCAAUCUGAUCUACGCAAAGUAGUUGCACGAUGUGCAAUUUUAGUUACAGUGAUCGAUGACUUCUUUGAUGAGAAAGGUUCAGAGGAUGAAUUGGAGAGCCUUACUAAAGCAGUUCAAGGGUGGGAAGGAGAAGGCUUAUCCGGCCAUUGCAAAGUUAUUUUUGAUGCCCUUGAUAACCUUGUUCGUGAUAUUUCCUUCAAAGCUCUCAGUCAACACGGUUAUGAUGCAAAAAGCCUUCUUCAAGAUAUGUGGCGAGAGACAUUUGAGUCGUGGUUAAAGGAAUCCGAUUGGAGUAGGAAAAGACACGCGCCUACGAUCACCGAGUAUCUUGAGGUUGCCGCGAUCUCUAUAGCCAUACAAGUCAUGACUCUUCCGGCAUGCUUCUUGGUGAUUCCCCAAGUUCCAAAGCACAUACUAACCUCUCGGUAUAGUCCCAUUACCAAGUUGACAAUGAUCACCUCGCGCUUGUUGAAUGACAUCCACAGUUACCAGAAAGAAAUACAUGGUGGUAAGUUCAAUAUGGUGCUCCUGUAUGUCAAAGAGAACCAAGGGGCUACUAACGAAGACUCAAUUGAGCACAUUAGCAAAAUAAUUGAGAGAAAGGAAAGAGAGUUCCUUGAGAUUUAUAUGGAUGAUGCGUACGCUGGUUUUCCUAACGAAUGGAAGGAGCUACAUUUAGGUACUUUCAAGUCAUUCCGAAUGCUCUUCGAUACAACUAAUGCAUUUGACUCGCCUACUGCAUUAGUCCAAAGUAUCAGCGAUGCUUUCUACAACCCGUUAGUGAUGGAUUCUCGGAGUACAUUUUCGUCGAGAGAAGAAACUUUACUUAAACCAAUGAAGGAGAGAUGGAGUCAUCCAAGGAAGAAGUAUACUGAUGAUGAUUUGUUGAUAAAGUCCGGCAAUCGAUCCGAGAGAAAACACGGCACUAUACCACAAAAUUCAAGAAUGCUGACAAUGAACAUCAAUCGACGAUGGUCUUCUAAGACAUGGAGUAUCUCAAGGAGAAGAUCUUCUACUAUUGCUUUGAUGUGCCCUUCCAUCAACUCAAGGGUCUUGUCUAAGAUAUAG